GGGGGCUCCUAGACUUGGGGUUUGCUCGUGAAGCUCCCCUCCGCCCUCCUCUCACACACCAACCCCUCCCCACCCAACCCGAGCCCCCCUCUUCUCCAGUCCGUGGAAAAUGGUGUCCAAGCUCACGUCUCUCCAGCAAGAACUCCUGAGCGCUCUGCUGAGCUCCGGGGUCACCAAGGAAGUGCUGGCCCAGGCUUUAGAGGAACUGCUGCCAGCCCCGACUUUCGGGGUGAAGCUGGAGACUUUGCCUCUGUCUCCGGGGAGCGGGGCUGAGCCUGACACCAAACCGGUGUUUCACACCCUUACCAACGGACAUGCCAAGGGUCGCCUGUCAGGGGACGAGGGGUCAGAGGACGGAGACGACUAUGACACCCCUCCCAUCCUCAAGGAGUUGCAGGCCCUCAACACCGAGGAGGCUGUGGAGCAGAGGGCUGAAGUGGACCGCAUGCUCAGUGAGGACCCCUGGAGGGCAGCCAAAAUGAUCAAGGGAUAUAUGCAGCAGCAUAACAUCCCCCAGAGGGAGGUGGUGGAUGUUACAGGUCUGAACCAGUCUCACCUCUCCCAGCACCUCAACAAGGGGACGCCGAUGAAGACCCAGAAGCGGGCAGCACUGUACACUUGGUAUGUCCGGAAGCAGAGAGAGAUCUUGAGACAAUUCAACCAGACAGUCCAAAGUUCUGGAAAUAUGACAGACAAAAGCAGUCAGGAUCAGCUGCUGUUUCUCUUUCCAGAGUUCAGCCAGCAGAGCCAGGGGGCUGGGCAGCCGGACGAUGCCUGCUCUGAGCCUGCCAACAAAAAGAUGCGCCGAAACCGCUUCAAGUGGGGGCCCGCGUCCCAGCAAAUCUUGUACCAGGCCUACGACCGGCAAAAGAACCCCAGUAAGGAGGAGAGGGAAGCCCUAGUGGAGGAGUGCAACAGGGCAGAAUGUCUGCAACGAGGAGUCUCCCCUUCCAAAGCUCACGGUCUGGGAUCCAACCUGGUUACUGAGGUCCGUGUCUACAAUUGGUUUGCCAACCGCAGGAAGGAAGAGGCCUUCCGCCAGAAGCUGGCCAUGGAUGCCUACAGCACAAACCAGCCGCAUGGCCUCAACCCAAUGCUGUCCCAUGGCUCCCCCCACCACACGCAGCCUAGUGCCUCCCCUCCAAGUAAGCUAUCAGGAGUGAGAUACAACCAGCCAGGGAACAAUGAGGUCACUUCCUCCUCCACCAUCAACCACCAUGGUAACAACGCCAUGGUGACCAGCCAGUCGGUUCUCCAGCAGGUUUCUCCAGCAGGCCUGGACCCUGGCCACAGUCUCCUCUCACCUGAUGGUAAAUUGAUCUCAGUCUCAGGAGGGGGCUUGCCUCCAGUCAGCACCUUGACGAACAUCCACAACCUUUCCCACCACAACCCCCAGCAAUCUCAGAACCUCAUCAUGGCACCCCUGUCGGGAGUCAUGGCCAUUGCACAAAGCCUCAACACAUCCCAAGGCCAGAGCGUCCCUGUCAUCAACAGUGUGGCGGGCAGCUUGGCCGCCCUGCAGCCAGCCCAGUUCCCCACACAGCUGCACAGUCCUCAUCAGCAGCCGCUCCUGCAGCAGCCCCCCGGAAACCCCAUGGUCCAACAGCCUUUCAUGGCGGCCGUAACUCAGCUCCAGAACUCCCACAUGUACUCGCACAAGCAGGAACCCCCCCAGUAUUCCCACACCUCCCGGUUUCCAUCUGCCAUGGUGGUCACAGACACCAGUAGUAUUAGUACACUCACCAACAUGUCUUCCAGUAAACAGUGUCCUCUGCAAGCCUGGUGAUGCCCACAUUUCACACGCUCUGUGCACAGCAACAAGGACCCUAUUCCCACACCAUCAAUCACCCAGCUAACCACGACAUCAGGGCAGUUGUUAUGGAGAAGCACAGUGAGGCGAUGGGUGG